AUGUCUUUGCAAUUGCUAAAUCCAAAGGCGGAAUCGUUGAGAAGAGAUGCUGCGUUGAAAGUGAAUGUGACAUCGGCAGAAGGUCUGCAGUCUGUGCUUGAAACUAACCUGGGUCCUAAAGGUACCUUGAAGAUGCUGGUUGAUGGUGCUGGAAAUAUCAAGUUGACUAAGGAUGGUAAGAUUCUUUUGACUGAAAUGCAAAUUCAAUCGCCAACUGCUGUUAUGAUUGCUCGUGCUGCUGCAGCUCAGGAUGAAAUUACAGGUGACGGUACUACUACUGUGGUCUGUCUAGUUGGUGAACUAUUAAAACAGGCUUAUAGAUUUAUUCAAGAAGGUGUACACCCUAGAAUCAUAACUGAUGGGUUUGAAAUUGCUCGUACCAAGGCUCUGGAAUUUCUAGAUGAGUAUAAGAUUGAAGACAAGGUUGUGAAUGAUGGUAAUGUGGACAGAGAAUUUCUUUUACAAGUUGCCAGAUCGUCUCUAUCAACCAAAGUCACACCAGAACUUACUGAGGUUCUAACUCCAAUUGUAACAGAUGCUGUCUUGAGUGUGGCUAGCAAGGAUACGUUAAACUUAGAUUUAUACAUGGUGGAAAUAAUGCAAAUGCAGCAUUUGUCUCCUAAGGAUACCACCUUCAUCAAAGGUUUGGUUCUAGAUCAUGGUGCUAGACAUCCUGAUAUGCCUAUGCGUGUCGAAAAUGCACACGUUCUUAUCCUAAAUGUCUCCUUAGAAUACGAGAAAACUGAGGUGAACUCCGGUUUCUUCUAUAGUUCUGCUGAACAGAGAGAUAAACUGGCAGCAAGCGAGAGAAAGUUUGUGGAUGAAAAAUUAAAAAAAAUUAUAGAUUUGAAGAACGAAGUCUGUGGUUUAGAUAACAAGCAAGGUUUCGUUAUCAUUAAUCAAAAGGGUAUCGACCCAAUGUCAUUAGAUGUGUUGGCCAAGCACAACAUUUUGGCACUAAGAAGAGCUAAAAGACGUAAUAUGGAAAGACUACAGCUUGUAACAGGAGGUGAAGCCCAAAACUCAGUGGAUGAUUUAUCUCCAUCAAUUCUUGGUUAUUCUGGUUUGGUUUACCAGGAGACCAUUGGUGAAGAAAAGUUCACCUAUGUAACGGAAAACAAGGAUCCAAAGUCUUGUACUAUUUUAAUUAAAGGUUCGACUAAUUAUGCGCUAAAUCAAACUAAGGAUGCUGUAAGAGAUGGUUUGAGAGCUGUUGCAAAUGUUAUAAAAGAUAAAUGUGUUGUUCCUGGUGCUGGCGCUUUCUUUAUUGCGGCAUCUAAGCAUUUGAAAUCCAGUAAUUACUCUAAGCUAGGUGUUAAGGGAAAGACAAAAACAGGUAUCGAGGCAUUUUCUGAGGCUCUGUUGGUGGUUCCAAAGACGUUGGUGAAAAAUUCUGGUUUUGAUCCCUUAGAUGUGUUGGCAUUAUGUGAAGAUGAACUAGAAGAUGCUAAGGAAUCCGAAGAGAAGAGAUAUGUUGGUGUUGAUUUAAAGAUAGGUGACUCUUGUGAUCCUACGAUUGACGGUGUGUGGGAUUCAUACCGUGUUAUUAGAAAUGCUAUCAAUGGUGCUACAGGUAUCGCCAGUAAUCUAUUAUUAUGUGACGAACUUCUGAGGGCCGGUAGAUCUACCUUGAAGGAGGGACCACAAUAG